GUGUAUGUGGGGUGUGUUUAUAAAUUAAAAAGUACUGAAUUUACAGUUUAUUUUUCUUCUGUAUGUGUGUUAGACUUAGGCAGCAGGGGAAGGAGGCCGCUCAACUUUCUCUGGGAUUUUUCUGGCGAGCAUUUGAUGUGCGUCCGAGUGAUAAGAUGCUGGGUCGAUUGAAGCGAUUGGAGAAGGCUAUGAAAGAGCUGUACGUAUCUGAUGAAGAGGAGGAGUUUGUGAACGUGCGCAACAGUGGUUUAAUGAUGUAUAAAGGGCUUUACAAUCAGCUGUAUGAGCAUUAAAAAUAUGGCGUGGCCUUCCUGUACAGCCUGCAUAGGGACGGGCAUGUCGGCAGCAUCCUUGCGGACGACAUGGGUUUGGGCAAGACGGUGCAGGUCCUCAGCUUCCAGAUCAAUCACACGCUUCUUGUCAUGCCCACCUCCUUGAUCAAGAAAUGGCUAAAUAAAUUUAAGCACUGUACCCCUGGCUUUCAAGUCAAAGAAUUUCAUGGCAAAAACAAAUUGGAGCGCAGCCGGAACCUGGAACAAAUCCAGCGUAGGGGUGGAGCAGUCAUUACCACAUAUCAAAUGCUAAUUAAUAACUGGCAGCAGCUGGCCUCAUUCAGAGGACAUGAGUUCUUCUGGGAUUACAUCAUCCUAGAUGAAGCACACGAGAUCAAAAACUCAUCACUGAAAACUACGAUGAGUGUGAGCGCAGUUCCGGCACGGCACCGCCUCCUGCUCACUGGCACACCGGUUCAGAACAACCUGCAGGUGAUGUGGGCGCUGUUUAAAGUUUAAAAAGUUAAUAGAAAUUAAACAUCCCCUUGAGUAUUACAAACACAAAGUUCACAGACACUUAUCCUCUCUGUUUCAUCUCCUGCUGCACAGCUGGCUAUAGCUUUUGAUGGUUGUUCCAGCUCAGCAGUUAC